CGUUCGUUUUGUAGCGCCAUCAGCUGACUUGAUUCCAACUGUUCAUAAACAAAUCGCGUUGAAAAAAUAGAACAGUGCAUAUUACCAAAGAAUAAAAUGUUAUAUUUCAUUAUACCGUUUAUUAUUAAAUUGUAUUAAAAUGAACAGUAAACGUCCGCCCAGUACUUUCUUCCAAAAUCAACCGCCUUACACUCACUUCAAUAAAUCAUUUGAAGACCCAACCGACGCACUAUUUUGCCAAUUGAACGAAGUGCAUCCAGUUUUCAUGAAGCCUGAACACCAAGAAAAUGACUAUAAAUCCGAAACUUUAUUGGAUCCACGUAAUGGAAAAGUGGUGGAUAAUAUUUUAUAUGACUACUCAGGAGGCGUAAAAGAAAGGAAUGGAUUUUUUCAAAUUUUACUUCCUUCCAAUAUGACUAAAAGGGAUCAUAUCAUUGGAUUACGCGUAUUGCAAGCAUGGCAAGAAUACAAAGAAGUAAACGACGAGGAUAUAGUUCUCUGGCGAAAACUGGAUAAGAAAAGAACGAGAGACAAAAUUAGAUUUGAUCAAUUUAUUACGGAAUUCUCCCGCACACAAAAGGAAUCGAUUUACGCGCCAUGUAAACGUUUGGUCAACCUUUACAAACAAUUAUAUACCGCAAAACUAAAACAAUUAUUAGAGGAUUAUCCAGAGAACAUAGCCUUAAACACAUGUGCCGGUCUUCCACAUCCGCAAAGUUGUAACGCUAGUCUUAUGCAAAUAGAAGAUGUGCGUUUGGUUACACGUCGAGGUUGGGUACCGGUGCUAGGAAAUUUUGCUAGUGAAUUUCAGCGACUAAAUUCGUGGAUAGAAAACUACAUGAGUUAUUAUAUUAAUAACAUGGAAUCUUUAUCCCAAGAUGCUAACACGUGGCAUGCCAGUAUAGAAUCUGAUAAACCAGCGCACCAGAUUUAUAUACCACUGGAAUCGCUAUUAUUUCUAUUGACAGCGGGCAGCAGCGCGGACUUGCCCACUGAAGUGCCUUUGGAAAUUGCGGAUAGCAAUGUAGAAAAUUUUAAAAUUUUAAACUUUAAAGAACCGUUUCCGCCGCGCGUUUGUGGUUGGUUUGCGCAUAAACAAGUAGUUGAACACGCAUUUGAAGCUUUGUUGAGUAGAAAUAACGAUACGCAGUGGUUGCAUGUGGAGCACUAUAAUGCCGAAUUGCAGAAAACUAAAGAAGCACCCGAAAUUCGAGCAGUAAAUCAUUCGGAAACAGAUUUUCGCGUAUACAAAAUUGAUGAGUAUUUGGAAAAACUCAGGACUACGAAAGAUGAAGAUUGUGUCAAAACUAAUUAUGCUGUCAUUAAAUGGGAUCUGAGUGGAAAGGUAAAUGAGCAAAACACAACACACUUACAAUUUUUUACAAAAUUAAAAUGCUCACCAUCAAAUGAUGAAUAUGGCGCACAAUUAUUGAGCAGUCACUCACUAAAAUUAGAAUAUAAACCACAAUUCGGUGCCGAAGAAAUGACCAAGUAUGAAUUAAUACAGGAAUGGUUUCGAUUAAAGCUGUUUGGUGAGUGUAAAGGAUUUUCCAAUUACGGCGUAUGUCUUCGUGUUGCAGCCAAAGACUUCAGCAUAGAGUUGGAGCAUAAAUUACUGUUAGUAGGCAUCGAGAAACAACUUGCUGAAUUGUAUCAAAUAAAUAUGCCCAAAUUAUUAACAGGACUAGCAGAUACUGUGAACUUAUUGACGAAAAUGCCAACAGGGAAAUAUCUUCUUCGAUUCAAUUCAAAAUUUUCUAGCAAACUCUUGUUGUCAGCUCCAUCUAAAGAGAUCACCGCGAACACAGUUUUUUUACACUCGCUUAUUAAGGCGGAACCCUCCGAUUUAAUUUUUAUGACAGAAGUUCCGCACUUGCCAAUAAAUGACUCAUUGUGCAGUGCCCUACAUAAGCACUACAAAAUAGUUCCUUGUGCAUUGAGACCACGACUUCCGCAUAAACGAACCAAAUGUAUUAGCAAAGUAAUCAGUGACGAGGAGUACAUACAACGUCGUAUUAAGACUAAAUUGGAAUUACAGCAGAAAAUGUUUGAACAACGUAUGCAAUUAGCGAAAUCUUUUCGAAAAAAAGUGAAAGCGAAAAAGGAUUCACUUAAACAAAAGCGUAGAGAUGCCGAGAGAGCUAAUGAAGAAGCUCUGGAAAAAUUUAUAAAUGAAUUUUAAUUAUAUUAGACAUUUAAUUUACCAACUAAGAUAUGUUUUUAUAAAUAUAAUUUGUGUACUAUUUGUUAACUUAAA